AUGUCACAACCACCGUCUCCCUACGGAAUGCUAGGCAAGCUUCCCCGUGAGCUGCGCGAUACCAUCUACUCACUCCUCCUCCCCCGUCAACUUUGGCGCCCCAUCUCAUUCGAAGGAAAUCCAUACCUAAUCCAAGGUGCACGACCUGGUCGCAUUUCACCCCCGAUGCUCACCCUUUCCAAAGCUAUCUACAGCGAGGUCUCUGUUUCCUUCCAGAGGCUCGUCACCUUUGUCUACGACGGUUCUCUUGCGACAGGCGAUCGAUGGGAACCAUUGACUUCACUCCCAGCAGCAAACCACGAGUUCACGCAGAAUGUUCAUCUUAAAAUCAUCGUCGACGUUUACAAAUACCUCGGCCUCUCCUCUACGACUGCGGCCUACAAACCCAGCGAACUGGAAGGCAUCGAUCUAAAUUCCGAAGAGAAGACUCUGCAGCGAUUUUUCGACUCCGUCGCCCCAUUCUGCGAUACAAAAAUCCAGCGCCGCGAAUGUCUCGUCAAUUUCAUCAUCUACAGCCCGCUUCGAAAGCCAGACGUAAACCACGCGGCUGUGAUAAAGGAGAUGUUUUCGAAAUCACUGCUGGUCAAGAAAAUCCAAGAAUUCGUGGCGUUUGAGGUAGUGCACGUGCAGACUUCGUGCAUUGCCCUGCCAUUUGAAGACGCUGGGGGGACGUCGCCGGAGUUCGAGAAUGUUGCGCAAAGGCAUAAAGGGCUGUUGAGAGACUUGAGAUCGAGCUGGGGGAAAACGUUGGGACCGUGUACGGAGAUGGACUUCAUGGGGGAGUAUAAGGGGCGGCCGGAACGAUUCGUUAUGGUGGGCGAAGGCUAUGAUUCACUCGUGAUACCAAGGGGUUACGCUGAUGAAGGAUCUGAGGUCCUUGUUGAGAGGCUUAUGGCUCUGUGA